AUGCGGUCCUUCACUCUGGUGCUGCUCGGCGUUGCUGCUCUUUGCAACGCCGCGCCUCAGUUCGGGAUAGGGGACGGCUCGACGAUCCUCCUGCCGGGCGUUGGAACCCCUCCUGCGAACACAGGUAGCCCUAUCCUGCUUCCUCCCAUCAAAAUCCCGGUCAUCAAGCCCGGAAAGCGUGAGUUUGCCGACCUGCAACCCAAAUCAGUCGAAGCCGGCUUUCCUGCGACAAUCUUACAAGAGCGCGCCGCGGAGGUCGACGCCCUCAGGGAGACCUACCUCGCCCUGCUGGAACCCUUCACGGAUGGAACCAAACCUUCUUUCGCAACCUACAUGGUCCUCCUGCACCUCGCCGACAUACUCGCGAGCAAGGGCGUCGGGCUCGACACCACCGUCACCCUCGGAGACGCAACCACCACGUUCGCGCUGUCCGCCAGACGCCAAAUCUUCGAGGUCGGCUCCUGCAGGGACUCGGACGUGAUCGGUCUCGGCGCAACCUUGACCAGCCUGCUCCUCAUCUAUGGCAACACUCCGCCCCUUCAGAUCUGGAACCUCGAGCAGGCCAUCAGCGCGGCCCUCAGGUCCUGUCACGAGGACAUCGCCGUCGGGCCCAUCGUUCCCGACAAACCCAUCCCGGGCGGGCCCCUCGUCCCGGACAAGCCGGUGCCGGGUGGGCCCAUCGUAACCCAAUCUCCCGUCCCCGGGGGUCCGAUCAAGCCCAGCGACUAA